AAAUACUUUUAAGAAAGACACACUUUUAUCAACCUUAUACGCUCCCUCACUCCCUCCGUGUUUAUUUAUAAAACAACAAUCAAUCAAAUGCGUUGUGGUCGGCUAGUGGUAACUGUAAUAAUUUUGACUUUGGUUAGUGUGGUUUCUUAUAUGUUCUUGCGGAGAUUGUUGUCAGCAUCUUCACCAGGACUAGAUAGUUUGUUCAGUUUCUCUGUUUGGCCUACAGAAAGCAAAGUUGUACCAUUUGCAGCAAAUAUGACCACAGCUCCAGGAAAUGCAGAUUGGAAAUCAGCUAAGUCAAUCUAUGACUUUUCAGCCAUAGAUAUUGAUGGCAAUGUGGUAUCCUUAGAGAAGUAUAGGGGCCAUGUUGCUUUAAUUGUUAAUGUGGCAUCCAAGUGAGGUUUAACUUCCCAGAAUUAUAAGCAACUACAGGCUUUGCAUGAAAAGUAUGCAGAGUCUGAGGGCUUGAGAAUUCUGGGAUUUCCUUGCAAUCAAUUUGGAGGUCAGGAACCUGGUUCUGAAUCUCAAAUCAAAGAGUUUAUCAAACAAUAUAACGUCCAGUUUGAUAUGUUUAGUAAAAUUGAUGUCAAUGGUGAUAAUACUCAUCCAUUGUGGUCUUAUUUAAAAAAGAAGCAGGGUGGAACCUUCGGAAACUUCAUAAAAUGGAACUUCUCAAAGUUUCUCAUUGAUAAAAAUGGCCAGCCUGUGAAGAGAUAUGCUCCAAAUGUUGAACCAAAUGCCAUAGAACGAGACCUUCUGAAGUAUUUCAAAGCCUAAAAAAGUCAUGUAUUCAGCAGUUUUCUUCUUUAUAAAUGGAGCUUGUUGAUAUUAAAUGACAAUAUUCUCAUAAACCAUUAUUUUGGCAGAGUAAUAUUUGAUGUAUGUAUCAACAUGCCUUUAUUUUAAAAGAACAAAACUUGGUAGUACAGCAUUUUUUGCACCAUAUUUAUUGAAAUAUUUUUAAAGUGUGUUCAUAUAAUAUAAUCAUUAUAAUUUCUCUGGGAUAUUAAUUAAAGCACCAAGAUUUACUAUAUUUUAAUUGUUUGUGUUUUCAUAGUUGAUUGUGGCAGCAUAUAGUAUAGGGUGUAUCUCCAUUAUUUGAAAAGAAUUUGUAAUAAUGAUAUGACAACUUUCCUAUAAACCUUUUAAUAGGUUGGUUAAGUUUGAUGAAUACUUAUUUACAAUCUCUUUUCGAAUACUGGAAAAUAUAUCCUGUGCAGCUAUUUAAAAUGCUGUUUAUUAUGAAUUAUUUGAAUGUUACAAAUAAAGAAUUUUCUUAAA